AUGAAAUCUUUUCUGGGUUUUGUAUUUUUAUUAAGUGUAAAACUUGGUUUUUCUCAAAAUACAUCAUAUUUGGACACUAUAAGUCACUUGUCACAAACAAGACGAAUCCUCCGAGGUAGUGAAGUGGGAGACACUAGACCAUAUAUGGUAUACCUACGACCUGCAUCCACAGAAUCAAAAGUCGACGCAAACUGGUUGUGCGGUGGAGUGAUUGUCGAUGCCCAGUAUAUAAUAACCUCCGCUGCAUGUAUUGAAGAUGUCAGGCAUUUUUAUGUUGUAUCAGGAACACACAGGUGGGUCCCAAAAAACACCGAUGAUGAAUGUAUAAGAAAUGGUGCAAAGAAAGCAAUUUGGAAAUGCGUUCCACAAAACUAUGUCUUCGACGGCAACCAUUUUGACAAUAUCAGAUGGAUGAUUAAUGACAUAGCGGUGGUUAGAGUUGAGGAUGACUUUAACUUUGAGAGAAGGGUUCGUGGCUGGAAAACGCCGGAACCGUUUGGUUAUAAUCAUCAUAUGAUGCAUGGGGAUCCGUGGAUAACUUUGGUGAUGUUUACGGUAGAAUGUCAGAUAACUCCCCAGAAUUGUUGGAAACGGACGUGGUCCUUAUCUCAAAGAAGAGCUGCAAAAACCGAUGGCCGGAGAGAUAUCAUCACAUAA